AAGGGACUGAACCAAUCGCGUCUGCCUUCGCGCUGUUGGUCCUCCAGUAUCCCAGAGUGCCACGUUGGCCAUCUUACCGCUGGCGCUAGUGCUCGGAGCGGGAUUGAAUCGAACAGACCCGUUUGUGGGGGGAAGCGGUUCCAGUUACUGUAAAUACCAUGUGUAGGAAAGUACCGGGAAAACAAUGAAAACCAAAAAAACUAAAGCCGUGAAACUCGGAAAGAAAAGCAAAGGAAUUAGUGAUGUCCUGCCAUCUACUAGUCUGCCACCACUUGUUGAAGGCCAGGUUCAAUAUUUUCUAAGGGUAACAGUUAGUAAAAUCUUGUGGAUCAUUCCCAGGCCUCCAGCUGCCCCACUUGUUAGACUGCGCUGGUGGGGUGAAACCUCCUGUGGUACCCUGUUUCGACCUGGAGAUGCUUCACAUGCUGAACGGAAAUCUGUGAAAAUGACUGCACGAUAUGCUGUUCGUUGUGGAUCAAAACAAUUCACCUCUUACCUCACAGAUAUGGGAAUAUUGGUGUUGGAAGUGAUGGAAAAACCUGAUCAUCUUCCUAUUGGCCGAGUUGAAAUUAAUGGAAUACCACAGCUUUCAACAACCCAUGGGAUUAGUGGGUUCUUCAAAAUGCUUUCACCCACCUCAGAGAAACUUGGAGAAGUACAGGUGUCACUUGCUCUGGAACCUCUGUCAGAUAUUUGCGACAGCAGCAGCAGUUCUGUGCCGAACACAGACAUGAGUAUGGAUGGUGCAGUUUCUGUCCAAAGCUCUGCGGUAUUGCAUAGUUCAAAGGCAGGAUCUUUUGAAAAUCUCAUUGAACUUCCUCCUCACAAAUCAUCCCUAACUGUUGCAAGUGGAAAGGAGUCACUGCAAAGUAGCACCUGUAAUACCCCAAGAGGAAGAGACCAUGUGUAUUUCCAGGAAAAUGCCAAAAUUACUAAAACUGUUUCAUCUGAAAAUAAGCAGUCCCUGAGUUCAGCCUCUGUUGCUCCUGCUGAGGCAUUUGAGGCUGGUAACAAGCAGACUGCAGCACGAGCUUUGCUAACAGAUAACCAAUCCACCAAAAACCUUAUUUCAGUUCUAUUGGACCGAGGCAGCAAACUACGAAAUGCGAUGGUGGUUUCUGCUAUGCAAACUGUUCCUGACAGUGUAUCUGCAUUGGUGGACAUUCCUUAUGUGGGUCCAUAUCAGGACAUUAGCAAGCCAAUAUUGAAGACAGCGUCUCCUUCAGAAAAAUUGCUUGACAACUUAGCAGUAUCUGAAGCUAUUUCCAUAACCAAAGCUUCUUUAUUGCCUUCCCCUGAGCACCCGUUAAAAGAAGUCCAUCCAAACACAGAUGCCGCAGCCAUCAAGUUACUCCUUGGGAGCACUGACUCUAUCCCUCUUCAUUACUGGGAUGGGCUGGGCUCUCCUCCAGAGUCUCUAUCUGCAGGAAACAGUGUUUUAGAUGAAAGUGAACUGAAUGAUCCUCAUUAUGAUCAGAGGCUGUUGGAACAUCUCUUCUACAAGAAUUCUAAAUCUGAAAGUAGUGCUAGUGACUUUACUAGUGAAGAUGAGGAGUUGGACCUCUCAAAGGAAAAACUGAAACAGCAGUGUCUUUGCAAAGCUGAUAUGCAUAAUAUAUCCCAUAAUGCUUCCGAUCACGAUGUUACUAAUUUGAAUCGAAAUGGGGAAGGACAAAGUACCAGCUCUUACCCUGUGCAAGAAGGUCCUCUACCAGAUGAGCAGGAGAUGCAAGCUAUUGGGUUAAGUGUUGAUAGACUAACCCUGUUGGGUCGCGUUUACUUGGCCCGAGUCAUCAUUCAAACACUAAAACUCCCUCCUGACUGCACUCAAACAACACCUAAACAAAAAGGAAGUACUGGAAAGCCACCUCGACCAGUCCCUGGAAGAAAAUGCACAUACUUUGUUCAGUAUCACUUCCCUGUGGCUACACCUUCAAGAGGUGGAGGCACAGAUGUUUCCAUGGCAUCUGAAAUUACAUGGGUAGCUUCUAGCAAAAUUACAAGAGAAGUGGUGAAGUUUCAGCAGCGUUUUGUUUUUCCUAUCUGUUUUAAUGGUUUAAUGAUAGAACGAUGGUGGAACUCUGAUCUUGUGUUCAAAAUUCACUCCAGAAUGAGUACGCAGAAAAAGCCCAUUUUGAUCGGUACAGCUACUCUUGCACUUCGAACUGUCAUUCAGUCAGAUUUGUUAAGUAUAGCCAGUGAAUUACCCGUGGAAGUGGUGUCUGACAAUAAAGGACAACGACAACAGAUUGGUCCUUUGAAGGUGACUGUAGAGCUUGUCGCUCACAACAAAGAUUUGACCAGUGUUAAUGCCAGAUUAGCUAUUUCUCCUAAGGCAACUUAUGCCAUAUCCAGUGUGGGACCAAAGCUUUCAGGAGAGCAGCUCAAAGGUGUUGAUGUUUGUCCACUUGAUCCCCAUCCUUUUGGACCACGUGCCCUUAAAUCAUCAAGUAAAAAAAAUGUUGAAGCUCAUUUGAAACAAAAUCUCGCAAACAACAUAUUCAGACCGAGCUAUCAAGAUCAUCGUAAGCCUUCCCCUGAAUCUGCAGCGCAGAAUUCAUUAGAACAAUUUAAUUUUGCAGUUGAGGAAGAAAAGGGUUUUUUAUUGUAUGUUCUAUUGAUGGCGCCUGAUGGAAAAGACUUUGUCGUGGGCGAUGGCAGAAUGCAGCAACAGGACAAUAUCUACUUGAAAUGUAAGCUUUUCAGCACAGAUGAAGCAAUAAGGUCCACAGUUAGUGGGAGCACAAACUGCCCAAUUUUCAACUUGUCACUGGUAACUCCAAUCACACUGACUCCCAGAUUAUUGGAGAGGAUGAAGAAUAACAUGAUGAUUAUAGAGGUCUGGAAUAAAAUUAUCAACACAGGACAGGAGAAGCUCCUUGGCCUUGUGAAGCUCCCUCUCCAUCAGUUUUAUAUAUCUUUUAGGGAUCCCAAGAUUUCACAAUUACUGCUCCAAGCUCAAUAUCCUGUGGUUGCUGUGGACAGCUACAUGCCAAUGAUGGAUGUUUUCACAGGCAGCCAAAAGGGCAACCUUCGUGUUUUACUGGCAAUGGGAGAAGCAGACCAAAUAGCAGCACUUCAGAAAUUGAAAAAUGAUGAGGGAAUGUCACUUGCUGAUUUCCAGCAGAUGCCUCAUUUUCUGGAUCAAGUGCUUUCAGUUCCUUCAAAGUUGGACAGAAGGGAGACAAAACGACUGAUAGAACAUAUGUUUGAAAUAAAUGUGGUGCAGCUUAAAGGAUUGACUCCUUUGCAAUCCACUGUUUGGGGAGAAGCAGACUGCUAUAUACAAUACUAUUUCCCAACUCAAGAUGUAAAUGCCAUACCUGAGAGAGUACCGUUUGGAAAUAACAUCAUGUUGAAGCCUUUUCGCACAGCAACCACUUUAUGUGUACCAGAUCCUCUCUUCAAUGACUGCCAAAACCACUCUCUUCUCAUCCCACCAGACCUUCCAGUUCAGAAGAUACUGCUGAGCACUUGUUCAAAACAAAUGUUUGGAGAAGGUGGUGGCAUUCAGUUUGAGGUUUGGUGUAGGUACUAUUACCCUAAUGUUAGAGACCAGCUUGUUGCCAGGGGUGUCCUCCCUUUAUCAAAGCUGUGUGCUAUGGUAACUAUGCAACAUCACAAGGAAGUUGGAGUUCAGAUAUUUAGCAUUCCCCUAUUACCUAGAACAGAAAAUGCUGAAGGACAUCCUCUGCGUUCCACCGGCUUAUUGGAUGUUAGUAUAAAAUACAGAUGUUCAGUGCAAACAACUGAGGAUGCCAAGGAAGGUAUCAUAGCAUCUCGUGCUGUAUCCCUUUCAUUAAAGCUGCUCCGGGCUUCAGGGCUACAAGCUGCAGCAAGGGCUGCAGCAGAAAGGAACCACUCAUUGAAAUACCAAGCUGAAAUUGGUGUGAAUACUUAUAUUACAAUUCAUAUUUCCUUUCUGCUGGAAAUUGAAACGCGACGUACAAAUGUUGUUGCUCGUACAUUCUGCCCAGAAUUUGAUCAUUCCUCUGAAUUUCUAUGUAACCUUGUAAUCCAGAAAUCCACAGGAGAGCGCUUCAGUUUGGCUGAACUGCUAGAGUCAUCAGAAGCCGUGUUUACCAUCUACCAUCAGUCUGUUACAAUCGCUAAACAAAGCACAUUUGAUAUUGGUUCAUCAAGGGAUGUUGAAUUGGGAUCUGUACGGAUUCCACUGGCAGGCUUGCUGACCAGACGGACAGGCAUCUCUGGUUGGUAUGCAGUGAGUCUUCCAGAGCUUAUCACUUCUCAGUCUUGUGGAGCUCUACAGAACUUGGGUGGUGGGCUCGAGAUUUCAAUCCACUUUGCACACCCCAAUGAUAGAGAGCGUGUCAUAAAGGCUGCAGAGGCUUUGGACUGGCGAUGUGGAACAAGUGAGGAAAAAGUUAAAGAGUGGCAAUCCCCAGAAAGUAGCGUAUCAAUAACACUAACUGUGUCACGGAUAUGGCUCCCAUUGCACUGUGUAACGCUGCCUGGACAAGAACAUCUAGACAAAUCCACUUUCUGUUACCUUCGGUAUAAACUGUAUGACAGAGAGCAUGCUUGCACAUCUCUUCAAAAGUCAGUCCUGACUACUAACAAAAGAUAUGUUACAGUGAACUUUGAUGAGGUGAAGACUGUAUAUCUGAAAAGAACCCAAUCAUUGAUCUGGUACCUAAAUGAAGAAAGACUAGAAGUACAAGUAUGGGUGGCAUAUGGAAACAACAAGACUCUGAGACCUCAUGAUACUGAUCGGUUAAUUGGAUAUUCAUUCAUAGAUCUGUCAACCCUGGCAGAGAAAUCUUCAAGAAAGCUUACAGUUAGUGGCAUUUAUCCACUGUUUAAGCGAGGUGCUUCUGACCUAUCAGGUGCUGCUGUAAGGUUCCAUGUCACACUGGUACCAAAUGAUCCACCACUAUCUGAUGACGGUACUUAUCAGAGAAUAUGCUUUGCAGAGAAUGGCCAUGAUUACGAACAUAGUACUGAAGAAGAUGAACCAAUCAUUAAUGAAAAAGAGCAAACAUCAGAAGCAUGCAUUGAUAAAGAAACAUCCACAGGUUCUAAUAUUGAAUGCAAAAAAAUGGCUAAUGAAAUUUCUGAGAUGGAAUUAGCUAACACAUUUGCAGUGAAUGUUGUAGUGGAGAGAGCAAUGCAUAUAAGUUUGAAAGGCUGUCCUUUGACAGAGCAAACUGGUGUCAAACCUAGUUGCUAUGUGUCAUACGCUACACCAGUCAGUCCCACUCCUAUAACAACACAUGUGAUAGAAAAUGCGUACAGUCCUGUUUGGGACCACCAACAGCAAACAAGGCUGGCCAAAGAAUUGUUACUGGACCCACAGCAAACUCUGGUUUUUAAAGUGUGGCAUAAAGCAGAUAUUGAUCGGGUUAUAGGGUUUGCGUCUGUGGAUCUAUCUUCUUUAUUGUCUGGAUUUUUAUGUAUAUGUGGCUGGUACAAUAUCAUUGACUUUAGUGGUCAAUGCCAAGGACAACUUAAAGUAGCAAUCACCCCUUUGGAAAAUAUUCAUCAUCUGAGAGGGAAGAGAUGGACCCAAACACACAAACUAAAAGCAGGUUCCAUUCCUACCCUUGAAUCAUUAUAUAAGACCAGUGGCACAUACAACUCUUUCCCCAGUCACAUUUCCAAAUAUUCAGAGCAGCUUAUCACAUCUCUGAAAUCAGAUGCUUUGUCAGCAAAUGACAGUAGAUCCGUCAACACGGAUGUCCAAACUUCCCGCCAUGAAGAACACAUGAAAAAUGUACGUAGGUUUCAUCAGUACUUGCAACAAAUGGAAAAUAGCAUGCAUAGUGCUGGGUAUUCAGAACCACUGUCACAAACUUCACGGACUUCACUCUUUAGUGCUUUAAGGAGGAAUCUCAGUGAGCUGGAUGAUAUUCAACGAUACUUCAAUGAGAAGCUGUCUACGUCUCCAUGUUCCCGCAUGAUUAACCCAACCCCACAGCGAAGAACAAAUGAGAAUCAAAUGAAUGAUUGCAAUAGACCUUCACAACCCGAUGGUGAAAUCUUGGAAAAGUCACGUAAACUGGUUGCGGAAUCGCUUCAUUUUAUGAAUGGUCUGCAAGACAGAAAUGAAGCUGAUGUUGCUAUUCCAAUGCAGUCUUCUCAAGAUACAGAAGAAGAUUGGGAGAAAAUAGCUGAAAAUGAACCACAACAAUUAGAAAAUGAAAGCAACAGAACUAAGAAUAAAGUGUUCCCAUAUCUACAAUCACCAGAGAGAGCAACUCAUUUCUGUGCUCAAAGAAGUCCAGAAUUGAGAAAAAAUGAAAUAGAUGAGUAUAGUGAUCAAGAUCAUAGAAGCUCCCAGAACAGUCCUACAGUAGAAACUGAAACCCACCAAAAUGAUUAUGGUAGUGAAGGGUGGAGUGAAGAAGGAUAUGAGGAAGAUGUGAUACAACCAAGAACCUUGAAUGACGUGACUGUUAUGACUGACAGGACGAGCCCUUGGUCAAGUGUUUUCUCAGAUUUACAAGAAGAUUAUAAGCAUGAGUGUGAAGGUAAAAAAGAGACCCAGAAACCAAUAAGAAAUGGAAGUCUGGCUGCAGAAGUACAAGUAAAUCCCAUCCAUGUACAUGAUGAGCUGCUUAUUAAGAGAUUGCAAAAUGAGAGUUGUAAGCCUCCCAGCAAUAUGGAAGCUGGUGAGUCCUCACCAUAUACAGAAAAAUCACCAACAAUAAAUGAAGGAACAGGUUUUGAUUUGCCAGAUAGAAAUGUAAUUCUCCAAAGUGAACAAUUCAUAUGUACAGAAUUACUGGAAAUACAGACCUCUGAUGACCAGGACUGUGUUUCCUCAAACCCUGACAAAGCAGAAGAGCGAGUGCAAGAAAAUGAAAAUCUUACAGAACAUGACAGUUUUCAUUGUAGAGCAUUUUCGGUCACAGAUAGGAAGGAAAGAGACCUAAAAGUAAAAAAUAUUCUUGAAGAACAUCACCAUGCCAAUAGCAUUGGUGAGGUUGAAAAUGAAAACCAAGUGUCCUUUGAAAGACAGAACCAUGAAGAUUCACAGUUCUCUAAAGCUGGUGGGGAAGGUGUUCCAAGGAUGCACGAAGAGAGUGCAAAUAAAGAUUCAACGGAUGAUGCACAUUCAGUCAGUUUACCUGAUCCAGUUGUAAUUCCAAACUUUUUCCUCCCACCAAGUCAUUUAGAAGCUUCAAUGAGGGUGCUCAAUGUUGCACAAUCAUUCCAAACCACUGCAGCAGAUCCAAAUAAAGUUUCAAGCCUGAACAGAACCAGUUCUCGGCGCAGCAAUCGUCAGAAACCAAGAUUAAUGCCAUCAGAACUACCUAAAGAAGAAACGGAAAGAAUUGCCAAGAUUUUUGCAGGGCACUUUACAGAAGAAAGCUGAAAAAAGUAUUUCAGAUAAUACAAUUUUAGAGGUAACAUAAUUCACGUCCAGAAUUGAAGAUGUCCACGUAAAUUGCCCCUGAUUUUCAAUGCCGCAUUUACAGCUACUUGUUUUUCACUAAUGAGACCUCAACAAUAAAUGCAAUAAAGUUUAUUACCAUUGAUACCAAUUUGCCUCUGGAAGGGAAGCACAAACAUGGUUAUCAUGUUUUAUUGCAUAUCAGUUCAGCCUAUUUGGUCCACAAGCUCUGCUUUCUUAUUAAUUAUAGUGCAUGGAAAUUCUACUUCAGACGGAAGUACAAGCUUUGAAUUUCCAUCUUCCUCAUUAUCAAUGGAAAUUUAUCUUCCUUCUCCCACAUCAUCAUAAGUGAUGUGCUAAGCAGCCUAGAACAGAUGAUGUUGGGGCAGUGUUAAGCAUACGGCACAGAUCAGCAAGACAGUACCUUUUUUUACACUCCCUACUUUGUAAAACACGGAAAUAGUAAAGCUACAGCACUUAUUUCAAUGCAGUAUUUUCAUUGCCCACUUGUAAGAAUUUUCAAUCAUUUAUUUCUGGUACAUAUGAUCUAUUUGAUUAGCUCAAAUUGCAUAAGCAAUCUCUUCCUGUCUUCUAAAUCUUUACAAUGAGAUUUUUACCUUAGCUGUACAAAAUUCUGGUGCUUGCACUGGGGAAGAAUCUCACUCAUGAAUUCACAGAAAUACCUAAGUAACUGGACCAGGUACGCUGAAUGUGUGAACCUGAACACUUGGAAUAUAGAAAAGUAUCAGAUGGACAGGGGUAUCAUUACAUUAAAAUAAAUGAACUUAUGGUAUUGGUCUGUUGUACAUUUUGGGGGGGGGGAAACUAUUGAACAGACCGCUUGUUUCAGGAUGAAUUGGUAGAGAUCAGCAAUGGGUAAUUGUUUUAUUCCUCUUCACAAUAUAAUUGUUGCAAUUCUAGGUGCAUUCUCCAAACUGCUGUUUACUUUGCAAAAAGACUAUUGUGCAGGAACAAAUGAACCAGGUCUUAAACACGUGUUACUUUCUUCAAACCUCUAAUCCAGUUUGGUUGUCUGUUUGAGAAAUAGUUUUUUUUAACACUGUUAUAUUGGGCCAUAUAUUAAGGGAGAGCCACAGUCCCCUGGGGUGUAUUCACAAAAGCAAAUAUUGACUCCUUUCCUGUGCUUCAGUUUUAACAUCAGUCUACAAUAUCAAUCUGCAAUGUAUUUGUUUGAUCUUUACUUAAUAGGAAAGAGAAAGAUUACUCAGUACCUUUCAGGUAUACACUUGGUAAUAUUGUUUUGUAGUGCCAAUGAGAAGCGAAUUGGACCACUACUAAUAAGUUAUUACUAAUAGUAAUAUUGUAGUAUAGUAAAAUAGGAGCAGGAAGAGGCCAUUCAGUUUCUUAAGGCUGCCCUACCAUUCAAAAAGGUAAUGAUGGUUCUGCCCAGACCUCAACCCCUCUUUAAUGCUUCAUAGGCUCCAACUCCCUGAUAUUUCAAAAAUAUAUCUUUCUCUUUAAGUACUUUGUGAGGGAGACUGCACAAUUCUCUGGGAUAGAGAAUUCUUGAUAUUCUCUACUUUCUGGGAGAAGAAAUUACUUGGCAUCCCAGUUUUAAAUGAGGCCCCUUAUUCUGUAACUAUGUUCCUUAGUUCGAGGUUAACUCAUUAGUGGAGUAUAUAUUAAGGUUCUUGCGAAGAUUUGUAGCUUGGAUUGUGGGUGAGGUUGUUGAUUUGCUCGCCGAGCUGGUUGGCAAUAAGUUCAGACGUUUCGUCACCAUGCUAGGUAACAUCAUCAGUGUGGCCUCCAAUGAAGCAAUGUUGUUCUACUCCACUUAGAAUUUAUAUGAUCUGGUCUGUUGAGGUGCUUUGUGUCAUUUCCAGUUCUUUUUUGCAAGGAUUUGUAUAUGGGAUCUAAUUCCACAUGUUUAUUGAUAGCAUUACGGGUGGAGAACUAGGCUUCUAGGAUAUAUACAAACUCUUACAAAAAAGGACUGGAAGUAACACAAAGCACCAACAGACCGGAUCAGGGAAAUACUAAGCAGAGAAGAACUACAUCGCUUCAUCGGUGGCUAUACUGAUGAUGUUGCCUGGCAUGGUGACAAAACAUCUGAACUACAACCAAUCACCUAGGCAAGCAAGUCAACAACCUCAUCUUCUUAAUAUCUUCCCUGUCAAGCCUCCUAAAAUCACCCCUCAUUCUUCUAAGCUUUAAUGGAUAACCUGUUUAACCAUAAGUAAAUCCCUGCAUUCAGAACUCAGUCUGCUGAACUGCCUUCCGUUACAAAAUAUUCUUUUUCAAAUACAGGGACCACAGCUGUAUGAGUACUCCCAAGUGCAGUCACGCCAACACCCUGUACAAUUGGAAUGAGACUUCCCUAUUUUUAAGCUCCAACCCCAUCACACAAGGCCAAAAUUCCAUUUGCCUGCUUAAUUACUUGCUGUACCUGUAUGCCCAUGUUUUGUGUUUCAUAUACAAUAACACACUGUGCUGCACAUUUUUGGAAUCUGUCUCAAUUUAUAUCAGUCUUUCUUUUUUAUUUUUCCUGACAAAGUGCAUUACCUCACACUUCCCUACAUUAAACUCCAUCUGCUGAGAUUUACCCUCUUGCUCUGCCUAACUACAUCCCCUACAGAUUUCUGAUAUCCUCAUCAUAAAAUACCUCCCUGACUAUUAGUGUCAGCAAAUUUGGGUACAUUGCACUCUGCUUUAUGUUCUUUAAAUAAGGUCUGAUUAUGUGCUGUUUAAAGGUGCAGAAUGUCAAAUUCAUAGGGCAGUUGUGUGCAUACUUCUUUGUAAAUGAGUGAGAGAGCUUCAUUUAGUUGGGUAUUGUUUUAAUCUAUUUGUAUUUGUAUGAAAUUAAAUAUCGUAUAGUAAGCCUGUUAAAUUUUAACAUUCUUUUGUAUCGGUCAGAAUUACGUCUUUGGUUUUUCAGAAAUAUUGCAAUGUAAUAAAUUAUUUUUCAAUGUG